AUGUUGGCGAUAACAUGGUUAUCACUGGCGCUUUUCGUCACGUCUCAAGCUGAGCUGAUGGGUCUUCUCCGAUGCUCCCGCACCGAAGUGAGAACUCCAAACCUUUUCGGAAGCUUACGGAUUCUCCCUUCAGAAAGAUCCGAUAACCAAACUAGAGCUGUUCUGGCCAAAGUUUAUGGUAUUCGAACGGCGUUUGAAGCACGGCGACUGGGUCCGACUAUCUUUCGGAUUCCGCCGUGAGGUCUCUAUCGAGUAUGUAGCACCUUUGGAGAACUCAAAUGAAACCCGAAAAGUUCAGCUCCGCGCUCGACUUUCGGAAGUACGACAGAAGACUGAAUUUAGACGAGAACAUCAUCACGCUGCAUAUGCGCUUCAUCGAGAAGGAAAAUCGUCUCAGCAUCAAUGCCCAUGACGUCUGUUUCCUACCGUGACUUGAGAUAAAGGUGGAGGAUGGCUGCCCCUGGCUGCCCCUGGCCGCUCUGCCUGCCGUGCCAUGAGCGCCCAAAAGGCAGUAGUAAAUUUUUAAAAGUCAGCAAGUCAUUUGUAUGGCGAAAUCGCCCCAGCAUCUAGCGCUUCUUUCGAGCAUUGUAUGAAACCCGUGUACACAACGGAAUCGGAGUUUGUAAUUGCUAAAAAAAACACGAACAAAACAAUUUUCGCCUAAAUCUAAUUAGGGAACUACUCGGACUCGGGGACGAAAGUCAAGUGGAAAGUUUUGUGGCGUGUAGAAAGCACACGAAAAAAUCCAGGAAGAGACCUGCAGGGAUGUACGCGCCCGGACCUUCCUUUCUUAAAGAGGUGGCCUGGCGUCGUGAUUAAAGGGUCAGUCCCAUGGCUUUUUUUUGUGUAUGUUCGAUUCCUGUCUAGCCCGAGUUUUUUUUUUUGGAUUUUUUCCGAACAAAACAGCUUGAAAAGUACGAAAAUCGAAAAUAAUUUUUGAAACUUUCAUCAUGUAGUUCAUCAUUUCCAAACAAAAUCCACAUAGAUUUCACAAGAUAUAAAAAAAAGGUUGACAGACACCGUAGCUGUACUGAAGUUGACUUUUUUGAAAACCAAAUAAAUCGAAUGAAAAUCUUUUGCAUCAAUUUCAUGGCAUCUCAAUAGUUUUUGGUCCGAGUAGUUCUCAAGUGAGAUUGAAAAUGUAGCCUGCUGACCCGUUUUAGAAAAAAUUUCCUGCUGAAACAUCCGUUACAGUAGGUUAAAAGCGUUAAUACGGAGUUGCGAAAAAAAAAAUUCAAAAUUCACAAAAUUGACAAUGAUUUGUUCAGGGCGUUAUCGCCGCGUACUUGACCUACCAUAGUUGCCCAAGACCACGUAAAUAACGGCACAUUUCUAUCGUUUGGAUAAAUGGCUUGGCUUAUCCGCUAAGCCAAAGGCUGCCUUCCCAAUCCUCCACCUCUUACUUGAGAAAAGAGUCUGGUUCAGACGCCGGGAGUCUGGCAGAACAACGAGCAGUCCAUCCCGUGGCGGGACAACUGGAAGCGUGGCUCCCUCCUCAAAAUCGAAAUUCGGUUCGUUCUUUUCAGAUUGUUUCCUCCUCCUGUUUGAAUGUGAGCAGUUGGAUGCAAUUCGUUUUGGGGAAAAUUAAGAGGAUAGAAAAUAAGUUGACAUGCAUUCAACUUCCAGCUACCGCAAUUCUAUGUUCGAAAUCUACGAAAUGACGUCGAUGGGCACCUUGUUGAUCUCGAAAUUCUUGAAUCGACACCGGGACACGGAGUUAAUAACCGCGACGGGCGACUUCUUCUACAUCACCGAGGCCCAAUUAAUUUGCUACGGCAACGAUCCUGAAGUCGGGCGUUAG